GGGCAUCCCAUGCAUGGCACCACUGGCAACCGCAUACGCAGUAAACGCGGUGAGAGGCGUGGUGAUGCCAACAGGACACCGAUGUCCCAGGAAGAACAUAGUUCAGGCUUUGGCGCUGCACCUAUCCUGGGCGCUGGAUUCGAGCCUGUUGCACCUCUCGAAUUGUCUGCUAACCGUUGGGUCCCUACGAGUACGGCUCGCAAGGUUCAACCUGAUGUUGAUUCACCUGAGCUGGUAGACCGUAAGGUCAAGGGGCUGCUCAACAAGCUCACGAUGGAGAAAUUCGAGACGAUUUCAGACCAGAUCAUCCACUGGGCCAACAAGAGCGUGAAUGAGAAGGAUGGUCGGACGCUCAUCCAAGUCAUCCGGCUGGUGUUCGAGAAGGCGACUGAUGAGGCUGCUUGGAGCGAGAUGUACGCGCGGUUGUGUCGGAAGAUGAUGGAGCAGAUCAGUCCUGAGGUGCAGGAUGAUGGAAUCAAGAACACAGAGGGAAAGCCUAUUGCCGGCGGACAGCUGUUCCGGAAGUAUCUCCUUAACCGGUGUCAGGAAGACUUUGAGCGUGGGUGGUUCGCCAAGGAAGCUACUGCUGCUGCAGCUGCGGCGAAGGCUUCUGAUGAUCACGCAACCAAGGCUGCUAACGAUAAGAAGGGCACCGAGGAAGCUGAACUCUAUUCGGACGAGUACUACGCUGCACAGAAGGCGAAGCGCCAGGGUCUUGGUCUGCAUCAAAAGCUGUUGGGCAAUGUUGAGAACCCCGAGGAAGAGGAGAUUGAGAGCUUGUGUCAGCUGUUGAAGACGGUUGGCCAGUUGCUUGACACGCCGAAAGCCCGCGCGCACAUGGACGUUUACUUCACGCGCAUGAAGGAGCUCGGCAAGAGCCUCAACGUCAGCUCUCGCAUGCAGUUCAUGCUUCAGGACGUCAUUGAGUUGCGUGACCGCAAAUGGGUCAGCCGGAAUACCGUUGCUGCGCCUACGACGAUCGCUGCUGUUCACGAGCUGGAGAAAGCAGCUGCAGAGAAGGAGUCUUUCAACCGUCAGAUAAGCAUGUCUCGCGGUGGAUCUCGACGCGGCGACAACCGGAACCAAGAACACGGUCCUGACGGCUGGGCUGUUGCCGGCGGCAGCUCCGUGCCACGGGCGCCUCCCAAGGCUGGUGAUCUGUCGCAGUUCGGAAAAAUCAGUAAGGGGCCAGCCAUGGCAAUGGUAAUGGGUCCAAGCGGCGUCUUCGCAGCCGGCAAGAAGGACAGCAAACGGGAGACACUUUCGCGGACGAAUUCGAGCUCGAACAUGUUCCAUAUGCUCAGUCAAAACCCUGAACUCGCCGCCGAGGCGUCCGCAAAGCCCAGUCGUUCGUCGAGUCGGAAAACGAGCGUUGAUCUUGGUCAUGCUGGUGUCCCUGAGCCCGCUGUACAGCGCAGGAAGCUUCAGCUCCUUCCACGGUCUGUUCUUGCUGCUGAAGAGAACGCCACGACUCCUUCGGAAGAAGAACCUGAAAGCGCACCUACAGCCAUGUCAGAAGCAGACGUGAAGAAGAAGAUUGAUGAAGAUGUGAAAGAGUUCUUUGCUCACCGUUUCCGGCUCGUGGACAAGCUGGUUGCGUCCGCGCUCGAGAGCAAGGAGGCGGAUGCGAGGUUGGUCAUUGAGGAGGGGUUCCUGCCCAUGGCGGAGUUUUUGGACGAUAUUGCCAUCGAUGCUCCCAAGGCGUUUGACUACAUGGCUAUCAUGCUCAAGGGCGCUGGAUUCGAGAACGAGCCUGAGAGACUCCAACGGAUCGCUUCGAAGCUCGAGGAUAGCAACAAGCUAGUCUCUCUCGUUGCAUGAUUUGUUCUACUUCCAUCUGACGUUUUCAAUGCGUUUUCUUUUCACCUGCAUUCUUAUCGCAUUUUCGUUUCGUUCGUUUUCUGAUCGUAUUGCACAUGUUCUUGGUGUUCAGCAAACUAAUAUAUGUACAUCGCACGGCACUUUUGCGUUUGUCCUCUUUUUUUUGUUAUCGUUCACUACAUACAGCGGCAUAGGAUACAGCUAGCAGUACACCAGGUAUUAGCAAUGCAUUUCAGAUUCCCACAGUUC